AAGGAUUCUGCACAUGCCUCAUUGGAGUUCCUCAUUAGUGCAUCUCUUGAUUUUUAUACUUCUUAUAGCGUUAUUGGAAUGCUGAGGAAGCGGUGCAACAGCGUAGCGACAGUAUAAUGUCCGCGAUGAAAAUAGCCACGUGAAAAGUCAAACGAGUCACGCGACAUGCCGUUCCUAGCUAUAGUACCUGGUAUAUCGGGUUGUAACUAUCAUAAUAGCGAAAACAAUCCCUUUCCCCUCAGCCAGCGGUGGCAUAACGGUAGCGAAGCGGAAGCUGAAAGUAACGCAGAAGCUCUUACUACCCUCUUCCUCCUUCCAGGAGCCGGGUUCCUGGCGCAUCUCGCGAUAUCGGCCGUCCCGCUCUCUAUCCGUCUUUCCAUUAUCGCCUUCCAUUACCGUCCAAAUCCAAUUCUCUCUCUCCCAAUUGCGUUUUCACGCGCGUUCGCGGUUGAUUUUCACCGAUAACCUUGAGUGCCCCGUAGACAAUACCUAUCGUCAUGAGAGAUAUACACGUUGGAAGAAGGUCGAGUGACGGUGGCGAUAAUAGUUAGCGAUGGACGAAGACGCGGUGGACGGCACGGCGGGAAGAAGAGACGGCGAACAGCGAGGAGGGAAAGAAAAACAGGAGUAGAGAGAAAGAACGAGAGGGAGAGACCGGUGAUGGCUGCGAUGAUGACGGUCAGUGGUUGUGUAUACCGGUUAAGCCGUUCAGUACCAGCCCGGCGUCCGUCACGGCUAAACCUCAACCGUUCGGUUUCGGCCCGCUAUUCUAUUCUAGCAUCGCGCGCGCGCGCGCGCGAUCGAAUUUCCUGUCCCUGUUACACGCUCGUAUUCGUCGCCACACGCGCACGCAUUUCGUUCCCCCUUUGCCCUGCCCCUUUUCCCCUCUGACCAAACUUGAAUUUCUAAACAGACGUAUACGACUCGAGCCGUCGCUUGAAAAAAAAAACCAAGAAAAUAAAAAUGGAACUGUCUACUCAUUUACUUAUUUAAUGAGUGCGCUAAGUAAUUUGAAGAAACGUCAGCUGUGAUGCGAAAUAAUGCACGUAAGCGGAAUUAGACAGCGAACAAUGGUUUCCUGAUGAAGCGACGGCUGUCCACGUCGGAAUAUUGUAGAGGAGCACAGUGUUACCGUAGAAUCUUUUUCUUUGUUUUUUUAACAAUUGAAUCGUGCGUUUCUAAUCUAACACGAUGCGGUCAAGCGAUCGAUGACUAUUCGUUGCAACGCUGAUGACCGAGCAUCUCGAGAUCCGUUUAAUCGCUUCUGACACAGGAAUCGAGACGUCACCGGACUAUCGGUUUAAAUUCACACAGUUUUGUUCUCGGAGACGCUAGAUUGAAUUUUCCAAGUGUACGAUCGGUUUCGCCAGGAUGAAGAACUGAACAUUCAACGAGUCGGUCCUCGCGCGAUGUCCGUUUUGUUCGCGCCGGUCCACGUCGUGAAUCACGGUGAAUCACGAUGGUGAUUUCCCCGUGUGACCAUGCCGUCGAGAACUCGUGGUUGUCGUUGUGCGGGGUACGAGAUGAGUCACGAGGAUACGUUGAUUCGAAGUGAGCGCGGAUGAAGUGAUUACGAGGACUCGUGGACUUCCAAAUCCAGCGGACCAGCCGGUCCGAGAGCGAUCCAGGGAUCAGGAUGCGGUGGAUCGGUUACGUGGCCACGAUUCUCUGGUGGUCGGGCAUCGCCAGGUCUCUCAGUACGCUGAAUCGAGGUCACAGUUACAAAAUCACUCCAAAACCCUGUAGAGUGCCCGGUUCGGAGAAGGAAGGCACGUGUAUGUUCGUGUGGGAGUGCAUCAAGUCCGAGGGAACGCACGUGGGUGUAUGCGUGGAUACCUUCAUGUUCGGCAGUUGCUGCGUUCACAACACGACGGUAAACACGAUAGGUGCCUCUCAUCAGUCUUCUCCUUCUCCUCCUCAUCAUCAUCAUCAUCAUCAUCAUCAGCAGCAGCAGCAGCAGCAGCAGCAGCAGAAACAACAGCAGCACGACGGUACGAGUACACUCAGGCCAGGUGUACUCUUGGAACCAACGGGGAACGAGACCAUCAGACUGACAUCGACUUCUCUCUUGGGCUUCUCCUCAACAGCGUCGAGCACCACGAAGCCAAAUCUCCAUCACUUCUCGGGAUCCCACGGUUACGGCGGAAGCUCGACCAGACCGAUGAAACCGUACUCGCACGGUGCCGGGAGGCCCUUGCAGAAGAGGCCGCACGCCAAACCAACGUCCGAGCACGACGUCGACGUCCUGCAGACCCCCGCGGUGUCCUCCGCAUCAACGAACACGUGGGCGGAAAAGAGACCGCAGGAAAGACCGACGAAGAGACCGGGUCAUCACGCGGGUCAUUCUCAUCAUCACAAGACCAGGCCGAACGACGGAGCGCCGAGCGAGAAACCGUCGCUUGCUCAGAGCCAACCGGGUUUCAAGGACAAACUAGAGACGCACAACACUCUAAUAGUACGCUUGCCGGGGAAGGAGCACGCCGACGAUGAGGUCGUUGGUUCGAGCAAGCCGAGCAAACAGGGUAAACCGGGUAAACCGGGCAAUCAAAGGCCCUUUGAGUCGCGGCCGGAGGAUGGCAAGACCGAAGACGCCGAUCUCAGCGUGCAGGAGACGAUAAAUCGACCGAAUGUCAAUUCCGUCAUUGAAAGCGAAACGGGAAAAGAGCCGCAUCCGGGUUUGAAUUUCGUGCACACCGAAAGGCCACAUUGGGCAACCAAGCCAGUACAGUCGAAACCAUCGUCGACGGACUUCUCGAAGCCGUACUUUUCAAUCAAAACGACCACUUAUCGGCCGAUAAGCAAUCAACCAGAUCAUAGACCGAAUUUUAUCUCGAGACCCAACUGGGUACUGACCACAAAAACGUCGACGACGACGACUGUCAGGCCGACAUACUCCAGAUUGCCUUCUACUAGCGCAGCCGGAUCCGUGCCACAAACCUCUCACUGGCAAGUGACCACGGAACCGGCGUUCGUCACAAAACAAAAACCGUCCUCGGCAUCGUCCUCAUUCUCGUCAUCCUUGCCAACAUCGCUCUCCUCACCGUCGUCGUCAUCUUCGUCAUCCAAACCGAUAACCGCGAUUACCGUGCCGGAAACGGUACGAACGCCGUCUUUAAGCACGAAUUCCCAUGUCUGGUCGAACAGCUGGACACCACCUAAACCAUCCUUGAAGCCACACUGGACCGACAGUCCCAGUCUUCUACAAAAUGGGCCGGAAAACUUUCCACCGCGACCGAGCCUAAAGCCAACCGAAUCGCAACAGAGCACCGAAUAUCAGAAGCCCUUGGGUUCGGCGCAUUACAUAACGACGUCCCACUUGGAGACUUCAACUAGGCCGCGGCCAACGAAGAAAACCACAAUGCAGAGCACGACGCCGUCCACAUUGUCCUCCGCGAGCGGUACAACCAAUCCGACGACAGCGAUGGCAACGGUGACGACCACGAGCAGCACGACCAGCGCGAGCAGCACGAGCAUCGUCACGACUCAAGGUACGUCAACCACCGAGGAGGCGGCGAACGAGAAGGCGACGGGCUCGGUGAUGACGGUCGCGGCCGCUGACGAGAGCAAAAAUAUGCAGUGCGGUGUACCGCCGCUAUUCCCGCGGCCGGAAACGAGGAUCGUCGGCGGCAAGGACGCGUCGUUCGGUCGGUGGCCCUGGCAAGUGUCCGUACGUAGGACCUCCUUCUUCGGCUUCUCGAGUACUCACCGUUGCGGCGGAGCGGUGCUAAACGAGAAUUGGAUCGCCACCGCGGGCCACUGCGUCGACGAUUUGCUGACAUCGCAAAUCCGAAUACGAGUCGGCGAGUACGAUUUCUCGUCCGUGCAAGAGCGGCUGCCCUACGUGGAGCGCGGCGUCGCCAAGAAGGUCGUGCAUCCCAAGUACAACUUCUUCACGUACGAGUACGACCUCGCGCUGGUGCGACUCGAGAGUUCCUUGACGUUCGCCGCGCACAUCUCGCCUAUUUGCCUGCCGGCUACGGACGACCUUCUGAUCGGGGAGAACGCGACGGUCACCGGUUGGGGAAGGUUGAGCGAGGGUGGAACGCUGCCCUCGGUGUUGCAGGAGGUUUCCGUGCCGAUAGUGAGCAACGACAGGUGCAAGUCGAUGUUCUUGAGGGCCGGCAGACACGAGUUCAUACCAGACAUUUUUCUCUGCGCCGGUUACGAGACCGGCGGGCAGGAUUCGUGUCAGGGCGACUCCGGAGGACCUCUGCAGGUUCGCGGAAAGGAUGGCAGAUACUUUCUCGCUGGUAUCAUAUCCUGGGGCAUCGGUUGCGCGGAGGCCAACUUACCGGGCGUCUGCACGCGGAUAUCCAAGUUUGUACCAUGGAUUUUGAAGAACGUCACUUGAUUCACUCGACGGACAAGUGAUAUAAUUCUUAUAUUCGAAUGAAAUUCAUCACGCGAAUAAGCGAUUCGCGGUGUCGUCUCGUGCGAUAUCAAAAGACAUUAUCUUAGAUUUCUCACGCGAGUGAAAAUACGCCUUUUUUAUCGUUUGCAUUUAUUUAUUUGCAUUUACACUGCCACUCAUGGAAUAAAGAUCCUAUUAAAGUUGCUACAUAUAUAAACAUAUAUAUAUUUAUAUAUAUUUAUAUAUAUUAGUGACGUAUGUGAAAUCUCGUGCAUUGUAGCAGCACACUGAACUGUAUUUAUACAUAAAAGUAAGUAAGGAAAUAAUAUAUUUGCUAGAUUAAGGCUAAGUAAACAAGGGAAGUCUGAGUUGUGUAAUAAAAAGAUCAAAGGAGUAGUUCGAUAGAUUUCGAAGAUAUAUCGUUAUCAUUCUUGCCACUUUGCCUCCGAAUAGGAAAUAUGAUACACAUACACACAUAUAUAUGUAUACACGAACACACAUACACUGGAAAGGAAUGAAGAAUCGUCGAUUUGUAAAUUACAUAAACACCGCAUGUUUUAUCGUUGUAAAACCAGUUUCAAAGCCAGACACUGUCGAUCCUAUAGUGUAGACAAAUGCAAUCAGAGCUAAAGAAAAAUAUGAAUUGUCAUUGAUUAAGAAUCGUGAUCUCGAUUCUUAUAGUUUUCGCAAAAAGAAGCGCACGAUAAGUAUCUGCUUUUAUUAAUUAGCGAGCUGUAUAGAAAGUUUACUCUCUUUACUGUACGGCGUGAGAUAGCUUGGAAUAUUUUUCCAAAUGCUCAAUCCUAUACAUUUAAAGUUACGCUCACUGCCACUCUCUUAUCUUUUAUAUUUUCUUUAUUUACAAAUAGGAAUUUGUACAGAGCACAAUAUUAAUUGCGUGUACUUGAUAAUAACUGUGUGCGAACUAAUAGGAGAAAUUCACAUUAUAAAAUUAUUUAUAAGUAUCGUCAAAUAAACGAGUGUUUAUUUAAACCUUAA